AAUUUAUUCAUUAAUAUCAGAGCUCAUCAUCAUCAUCAUCAAUCUGUUAGAUUAAAUGGGGUGAAAUGAAAAGACAUUAAAUAUUAAAAAGAUUGAAAUAUUGCCAAAAACGACUGCCCUUCUGAAAGAAAAAAGAGUAGGAUAACUGGUCAAUAGUAUAGACAUGCAGAUUGACAAGAUUCCCCCAGCAUAAAGCACAAACCAAUCUGUUCUUUUAGCACAGAAUACAGCACCUUUUCAUGUUAGCUCAUUAAAUGUCUGUAUAUGUGAUAAACAUGUACUCAUGUUCACAGUUUCAAAGGUUUGUACCACGGAAAAAAAAAUUACAGAGACAAAAACAAGGAAUGCCCUCUUGGGAUAGCAGGUGGGGGAGAUAAAGAGGGUAGAUGUGGCUCAGAGGUCCUUUUGGACAGCCUUGUGUUUCUGUUGUUCCCAUGCCAACGUUCUGUAUUGGAGCAUGCUCAGUGAAGAGCUCUCUGCUGUAACAAUAGCAGAGGGACCUGAGAGCGUUCACAUGCUGAUCUCACAUCAGAGUGGAACACACCUCACUGCGCUCUCACUCUCCUAACCGGUGCAUGUAAGGGGCUUUCUUCUUUCAUAGUUUAGCUUUUUAGUGUCCUAUUGGCCUUUUCUGCGUGUUGGAUAGGAACAUGGGGUGAGACAGCAAUUCUGGAUAUUACUUGAAGAAUUAUAUGAACUUCAGUAACAGAAAUUUCUGCUCAGCUGUCUUAAAUUGGGUAAGAUGUAUUUACCUUAAAGAACGAACCAGCAGAGGAGGCAGCAGUAAGAGAGGAGGAUCCAGAGCUGAGCUUGGAGCAAGCUGCACACAGGGACUUACUUACAAUGGGGGCUGUGGUCCCAGCACCUCUCUGUAAUGGAUGGCAGCUCUUGCUGUGGUCAUGCCAGACGUAGAACCUUUGCCAUGUGAGUAUUCCCCAGCAGCCUCCCCUGCUGGCUGCAGCAUGGACCUGGAGUCUUGCUACAGCGAGUUGCCAGAUCCUCUCUCUGUCCUUGGCCCCCCACUAUCUGGUUUCCCUCAACACAGAAACCCCUCAUACAUCAACCUAGACGCACCAUUGAACCGCUAUCCAGCAGGACCCAACAACAACCUCUUUAGCAACAUGGGGCUUAGGUACUGUUCCACCAGCAAUGUGCAUCCACUUAAACAGCCAGAGUCUGAGUCCAGCUACCAGGCAGGGCAACUCUCACAGAGCUGUAUUAACUCGGGCAAUAAUCGACUAUACCGUAGCCUGGAAAAUCUGCACUGGAAUGCAGACCCUGGUAUGUACACUUACAGAAGCAUGGAGAGUGAGUUUGUUCUCCACUGUACCUCCAGCAGUCAGUGGUAUGAUGGAACUUCUCAGGGAUCACAGGUCACAGGGAUCACUAUGAUGCACUCCCCUGAGAACAUGGCUUUCUGUCCUCGUCAGGGACUAAUGAGGAAGGACUUGCCUCUGUUUCCUCAGUGGCUUUUUCCUGCUGUGGAGGACUGGGCCAUGAACGGAAAUGCCCGGAAAGGCCUGAGAGACAAACUUCGCCUUCAGAGUACACGUGUGGCUGAGCCUAACAAGCCCCUUCGCCCUCAGCCUUUGCUAAGUAACACCCCACAUUCUUUUAGCGAUCAUGAAAUGGCAUCACAUUUUGGUCAUCUCUCUUCUCCAGGACAGGUGAAUGGCAAGAAAGAGCUAUAUGCUCGUCGUAUCACCAGCCCAGAGGAAAUCAAGCAGGAGGUGCUGCGGCGGCUACAGCUUCACAGGCAGAGGAGCACGCCUAACCUGGCACUCAGCUCCAGCCAGGAAGCGAACUUCAGCAAGUCGCACACCUCUGAGCAUGUCAGCAGUAUUGCCCAGUCUGCUUCUGAGAGAAAAAGACCUCCCAUGAGUCGCUUGCACAUCCCGACAUUUGAAGAGUUCAAGAGGAUGAGGCAAAAAGAGAGUGCUGAAGGCCUGGGUUCUUCAACAGCUCCAACCAGUGGAGUAGCCAGACAGGAAGGCCAAUGCAGAGAAGGAAACUGUGAAGAGAAAGUUAAAGACAGAUUACAUACUGAGGCUAAAACUGUCACAGAAGUCUGGCAAAACUGCAGCACUACUGAUGCAGCUCAUCCAUGUGGUUCCAGUGGAGAAGAGUCAAGUAAUGGCAGGUCCACUGAAGAAGCUUCAGAUGCCCCAAUCUGCACAGGGCCUGCACCUCGCUCUCCUCUGCAACCCCAGAGUACCACUGCAGGAGAAGAGCACACUGAGAAAGCAGGAGACUCUGAAAGUAUGGCUCCACCUGUGGUCCCUUUCCCUCCCAACAGGGAGAAUGCUGAGGGGGCAUCAACCUGCUGUCCUGCAAUACUCCUGGAUGGGAAAGAUCUCUCUAGUUAUGGAGCCAAGAUCUACAAGAUUAAGGCGGACCUCCUUGGAUCAGCACUGGACCUCAUAAAGAAGAGCUGCAGUGCAGAGAUCAGCGCCAAAGCCCCCGUCAGGCUGUCACAUGACCAGCACGACGGUACUGACAUCACCACUCCCCAGCCCGGGUGUCAAUCUGCCUGCGUUGCCAUGACAACGCCGGCCUGCAGACAGGAGGCUUGCAGUGAAGCUACUGGACGAGAAGAGCCAAGAGAAUGCAAGCUCUUUGGGUCAGGAUGCAGGCGCUCUAGCUCGGAUGCAACCUAUGAGCCGGCUGGAUCGGUGAGGGCGCAGCGGGAGUGUCGCCUGCGCCCUCACUACAGCGACCCCAUGCCCACUGACGCUGCCAAACGCAAGCAGCUGGAGAUGAAGAUUGCUGCAGCAGCACGUCUCCACAGUCAACGCAGGGACAGAGAUAGUGGCAUGCGCACAGUUAGGGGCCACUCUGAGCCUAGAGGAGAAGGCCGGAAUGGACGCCUGGGUGUGAAUCGUGUAUGCCAGCACCGCUGGAGCACAGUGAGCAGUGUGAGUGCAGACAGUGGCGUGGUGGGGCUGAGCGAUGAGCGUGAGGAUGAGGAGGAGCCACGCCGGACUCGCCACAGUGCCGGCACUGAAGUGGAGAGAGUGGACAGUGGUAUCGGGUCUGGACUGGCACCGGGCUGGAAGAGACCCUCAGAAUCAUUUAAAACAUGGGAGACCCAGCGGCCGUGCCCAGACUGUGGCCACCGAGACACCACUCGAGAGGAGGGCAUGUGUGAGCGAUGCUCGAAGUUACGGACCGAGCGCAAGGAGGCCAUUCUGGAGUUCCUCAACACAGAGUCGAGUUACGGCGAGGAUCUGCGCAUCAUCAAGGAAGAGUUCUACUUCCCCAUGCAGAGUGCAGGACUGCUCACAGCCGAACAGUUGACCGUGGUCUUCAGCAAUGUGCAGGAGCUUAUUGAUGUGAAUGACAGGUUCACCGAGCAUCUGCAGGACAAUAUUGACCAAGCACUCGAUCAGGGAGAUGAAGAUCUGCUCACUGUAUGCAUUGGAGAAAUCUUCUUGGAGUUUGUCAACAUGCUGCCAGCCUUUCAAACGUACUGCUUGCAGCAGUCAACAUCUGUCAACAUGCUUAACACGCUGGAGAAGGAAAAAGAGUUGCUUAGGAUUUUCCUUGACGUAUCCCAGAAUGACAAUACGGCCCUGCGGCGCAUGAAUCUGCGCUCCUUCCUCAUGGCUCCACUGCAGCGUGUGACCAAGUAUCCGCUGCUGUUGAGCCGCAUCAUCAAGGCCACUAACGAAUACCACCCUGAUUACGAGCGUCUGAAGGAGGCCAAAAGUCGUGUGGAGUCUCACCUGGAGCACAUCAACAUGAAGAGCAAGCAGGAGGGCACAGCCACAUGGUCCCUGCGCUCCUUCCGGCGCGAGAGCCGCAAGAACCGUGAAGUGAUCAACAUUGAGAUGAGAGAGACAUCCAUGAAGCUUGUAGGCUGGGCUCGUGAGAGCACGCGCUUUAUUAUGGAGGGUCCGCUGCAGAUCUCACAACCCGCUGAUGGCCAGUGGGUGAAAAAAGGCAGCAAGUCCCUCAAGUUCCAGAAUGUUCAAAGCCUGCUAAUGGUGCGCACGGCAGAAGGAGGGGGACGUGGAGACCAAACGGAGGCCUUCGAGACCGUGCAGGAUGGUGUGCUGGUACUGAUUAAAGAUAAAAGUAGUGGCAAGUUUGCUGUACUGCGUGAGCCCAUCCAUCUGGCUAACUGUGUGGUUUCGACCGACCCGGACUGUGAUGACACGUUCGAGGUGCUGGACAUCCGACGCGAAGCCUUUGUUUUACGUGCCUCUGACAAAUCACGUACGCAGCAGUGGUUUCGUCUGAUUAAGAGGUACGCAUGUGAUCUGGGGCUCUGGAGAAAAAGACGCAACGCACUCCCUAAUAUAAUGAUCAACACGUCCCAGAGCCGCUCUUGAGACUUAUUUACGCAACUUAAAUCUGGUGGAAAUUAUUUUAAAAUAUUUAAUUGACAGUAUUACAUUAUGGAAAACAAAUGUUUGAUGAUUUGGCCAGAAAAGUGCACUUUCUAUAGGUAGACACUGACAUUCACAAAAAGGGGGAAAAUCAGCUUUUAGUGGACCAAAAUGAGAACGUGGUUGGGAACGUCACUGGCCACAGAUUGUGCAAUUUGCUAUUGACAUAAAUGUUUUCAGCAAUUAUUUGUAACAGCAUGAGUGAAAAUAUUUGUUUAAAAAUUAUAUUGAGAAAGAAAAUUAUCAUUAGAAAUCCUUUUUAACAAAGACGCACAAAUGUGACAACUAGUGUAAUGUGUGAAGACUGAGCCAGAUUCCAUAUGUCGUUUUUUUCCAAUACGAUAUGUCACAGCCCUCUUCCUCUCUUUUCAUUAGUCUGAAAAAUGACAAAAUGUUCCAUUCCCACUACCAGUGAAGCGUCCAAGGCCAUUUGCGUAAGUGUCACUGUAGUUUCAUUUUAAGCUAUAACGAGCUUCUUGCGACAUCUGAAUCCUAAAAUACCCGUAUACCUGCAUUAUUAUCACUGUGCUGGGGGAACAAAGCAGCAAUAAUUAACAAGCAUAUUGUAGCUACAGUAAUGCUGGUUUUAAUUCACCGUAAUCCUUACUGACACACUGCAGUAAGAUAAACUUAUAACAACAUUUGUUUUAUUUAAAUAUACAGUAGCAAGUCUUCUAUCAGUCAAUUAUUUUAAUUGCUGUUGCCACACUAAAGGUAGUGGUGAAACUGCAUCUGGUUAUGAUAUAGUAGCAGUAACUUUAAAUGUUGGAGUAUCAGAAAUUGAUCUUCCAAAACCAAGAAAUGCUGAACAUUUGAUAAUUGAUAAGAGAGAAAACCGCGUGCCUUUCAUUUGAUUGCCUACUGAAACGUCAGAGCCAGUCUCCCCCAAUCCAAUUAAAUCUUAUGAGAAAACUUAUUGUUCUCUAAACUCCUCUCACCGUCUCCAUCAUGCUAAUAGAAAGUCUCAUUUUCUGUUUAAUGCACUUUAGUCUAUGUGGAAAUAUUUGUUUUUAUUAAAAGCUUUACUCUUUAUUUUUUAUUUUACUCCAAAUUUUGUUCCAAUGCUAAACACAAAUUAUAUUUUAAACAUGCAUUUGCAGUUGCAUUUCCCUUAUCAGUGUGCAUAAUAUGAGACAUAAAUCAACUUAAAUUGUAAAACAUGUAUUUGCAUUUGCAUUUUUGUUUACAGCAGUGUAGUUUCAGUUUCAGUGCCUAAACUUGUCAGAUUCUGCCAUAUUAAAAAAGUAAUAGCAAUCCUUACGUUUGCAAUGGCACUUUCUCAUCCCCAUGCUACAAGCAGGAUUUUAGGAGGGACUUUUUUUAAAAAGGCAUGUGUUUCAGUCAAAGUGUAAACUUGUGGAUGUGGUUGCAGACCCUUGCAAUGUUAAAAAAUAUUGCUAAGGACAUUUUAAUGCUGGCAAAAAAUGACAUUUCAUGACUUCAGUGUUGUCCUGUUGGCAGUGUUUGUAGUUUUCAAAAAAGAAAAAAAAAAGAAAAAACAUUAUAUAUAUACACACAAACACACAGACCAUCCACUUUAUUAGGGACACCUGCUCAUUUAUGCAGUUAUCCAAUCAGCCAAUCAUGUGCUAAAAUCAUUCAUAUUCAGGUCAAGAGCUUCAGUUAAUGUCCACAUCAAAUAUCAGAAUGGGGAAAAAGUGGGAUCUCUGUGACUUUGCCAAUGGUUUGAGUAUUUCAGAAACUGCCGAUCUCCUGGAAUUUUCACACACAACAACCUCUUGAGUUUAGACAGAAUGGUGCAAAACACAUCCUGUGUGCAGAGGGGCUGCAGCUGAAACACCUUAUUGAUGUGAGAGAUCAGAGGAGAACUAGACUAGACUGGUCUGAGCUGACAGGAAGUCUCUAGUAACUCAAAUAAUCACUCUUUACCACCAUGGUGAGCAGAAGAGCAUCUCAGAAAGCACAACACUUCAAACCUUGAGGUGGAUGAGAGACAACAGCAGAAGACCACAUCAGGUUCCACUCCUGUCAGCCAAGAACAAGACUCUGAGGCCAUCAUGCGCACAGACUCACUGAAACCGGACAGUUGAAGACUGGAAAAGGACAAGUGACUUUUUUUUUUUUAAUCUUCGACUGUCCAGUUCCAGCGAGCCUGUGCCCAUGAUAGCCUAAUGCCUAUAGGAUUGCAAAGGUGUUUUAUUUUGUCCCAGGUGUAGCAGAGGAUGAGAAAGUGCAAUUACUUUUUUAAAUAUAGCAUAAUCAUAGCAGUUUAGACUAUAAAAAUGAAAUAUCUAAUAGACUUUGCCGUUUAAUUUUGGCAACAGUUGCACAUUGCUGUGCAGAGAAACACAAAUGUGAAUACAUGUUUUGUAACUGACUUAGAAUUAUGCCUUAUUAUACACACUCAUAAGGGAACUGCAAUUGCAAAGAUUGUUUGAAUGAUCAUUUUCUAAUUAGCAAUUGAAUAAAGUCCAGAAAAUGCUUCCAUAAUUUAGAUUAUUCUGGUUAGCAUUGGCACUGAUAGACAUGAAUUGUUAAUUAUAUGCCUAUGGAGGCAGAAUUUUGUUUUUCAUUACAAAAAUGAAUCAUCAAUGGCACAGCAAACACUGCAGCUUCUACAGUACAUUACUCAAUAGAAGAGGGUUUUAACUUACCACAUAAACAGUCAUUCUUUUAACUGAGACCAGACAUGCUGUUCUUUUCUUUAUUUACAAAACCUAAUUUAAUAUUUUCCAUGUGUACAAAUUGGUGAAUUAUAUUAAAUAUAAAUGAAAAAGAA